UGUCCAUUACACAUCACCAUCACUUACCCCAAACUUCUCUAAAUAACGGGAAAGUACCCUAAAUGUCGAUUCUUGGACGUAAUUCAUAAAAUUUACAAAAAAACGAAUAAUAUCGUUUUCAUUUUGUCUUGAAAAUAUGAAGCCGGAUGAGCUGCUCCCCAUCAAUGAUGAGUCAAAGAAAAGAAAAUUGCAAUCCACCGAGACGGGACUGAAAAGCCACGAACAAAUUGCAGAUUCUCCCAUUAAGAUUCAGCUUUCUUCAGACAAUGUUGAUUUGAAUCCUGCAAUUGCCGCUUUAAGAAAAGCAAAACGAAUAGUGAUCGUUACCGGUGCUGGCAUUUCGUGUGGAGCAGGUAUUCCUGAUUUUCGGUCCUCCGUUGGUCUCUUCUCUUCUCUCCGGUCAGAGUAUAAAUUAAAUUGUUCAGGAAAAGAACUAUUUGAUGGAGGAGUGUAUCGCGAUCUCAAAAGUGUAAACGUUUUUCAUGAAAUGAUUAAAAAGCUUCAUGAACUUUCAGACAAUGCUGCCCCCACCGACUUUCAUCAUUUUUUGUCAAAACUAGCCCAGGAUUCCAAACUUCUUCGUUUGUAUACUCAAAAUAUAGAUUUCCUUGAAACCCGGCUUGAAGGUCUCCAAACGUGCACUCCCUUGCCUCAAACAGCGCCUUGGCCUACCACUAUCCCACUCCAUGGGACAUUAGAAGUUGUUAGAUGUACGAGAUGUCCCUUUGUCCGACCCUUCCAUCCUGGUCUCUUCGAGAAAGAUGGUCUGACGGCUUGCCCCGAAUGCAGGACUGAAAAUGAGGUCCGUCGCAUUGCUGGAAAGCGACUUGUCAUGGAAGGAUGUUUACGUCCACGAAUUGUGCUUUAUAAUGAAGGGCAUCCAGAUUCAGACGCAAUUGGAGCCGUGUGUUCGCAGGAUUUGAAAUCAAGGCCUGACUGUUUGGUCAUUGCAGGUACUUCCUGUAAAAUUCCCGGCGUUAAAAGAAUCAUAAAGGAAAUGAGUAAUUGCGUUCACCGUCAGAAAGGGUCAGUAAUUUGGCUGAAUUUUGAUUCUCCUACAAAGGAGUUUUCGAACUUGUGUGAUAUUAUCGUUGAAGGAGAUUGUCAGGCUGCUAUUCGUACUAUGAAGCCUUAUUUAGAAGCUCCCAGGUGGAGACCAAAGGCUCACUCAAACACUUCUUUAGCUGCCAAGAAACGGACUUCAGGGCAAGCAAAACUCACUGCUUCCACCAAAGUUACAAAGCCUCAAUCUCCUUCUAAAAAGGUGAAAAAGGAGCGGUCGCCACUUGAGUCGAUCAACCGAGUGAUGGAGUCUGUACAACUACCGGAAGCAGGUGUAAAGCGUGAGGUGGAGUACUCAGAGUUUCCAAAGCAUUCUUAAACUGUAUAUAUUCACAUCGAAUUUUUCAUUCUAUUUCUAUAAACUCUAUUUUUUAGUGCGUUUUGUCCGAUGCGAUCCAAUUCGUUUCCCUAUUAAUAUACCCUGAUUCUUAUCCGUUGGCUGGUUUAAACAAUAUCUCUAGUAAGAUUUCAGAACCUUUCCGAAAUCCGAAAAGACUGAUUAAUUCAUGGAAUCGAUGAUUAAUUUUUUUUGUAAGUAAUGAAAUAGACUCUUCGCUCUUUUGGGGUAUUUUUUUUGGUCUAAAUAAUAUGUUAUAUGCCGCUUUGGCAAAUCCAAACUCGUC